CUCUGAGGAAGAGACUUCCUGUAAGGACUCCAUCUUGUUUGUGUGGCCCUGACAAAGAGGUUUGGGGCAUUUUCUCACCUUCCUCGGAAGCCGUCCCUGAUCUCCCCCAAACCCCUAGCUCCAGACGCCACAGAUUCUCUUCACAAGCAGCCUGUGAGGACAUUGGUGACAAGUCUCAGGCUUCAGGCCACACCAUGCGGCGAAAUAACCAACCUAAAUUCUUAAAAAGAAGAGAAAGAUGCUGGGGUAUUUACCGAAGGAGAUAUAGUAAUUGGUCUGAAGAAGUCAGUUCUGGCAUUCAUCCUUCAUCUCACCAGCAGCAAGAUGGAGAUCCUGAAACAAGUGAUGCUCCUGUGGACACUGGAAUAAGAUAUGCUCCCUAUGCCAUUCCACCCUGUCAUCGGAGAGGCACUUUUCAGAAACAAGACCAAACCCACGUUAACAUGGAGAGAGAGCAAAAGCCUCCAGAGAGAAGAACGGAGGGGAACAAGCAGGAUGAGACCUCAGGGAGCUGGUUCAAGAUCACAGUUCCAUUUGGCAUAAAAUAUGAUGAGAAGUGGCUGCUCAGUUUGAUUCAGAAGCAAUGCAGUGUCCCCUUCACCCCAGUCGAAUUUCACUAUGAGAAAAUGCAGGCCCAGUUCUUCGUUGAGAAUGCCAACAUUGCCUUUGCAUUGAAGAAUAUCAACGGCAAGAUUUGGGAUAAGAAUAAUGAAAGGAUAUCUAUCUUUGUCAGCCCCUCUGAUGCACCCUGCUCUGUGCAGAAGGAGCUGAAGUCAGAAAAGCUGACCAUGCACAAACUAUAUGAUGUCUCCCGGCAGUCUCUUGACAUCCACAAACUCCGCUUUGACCCUGCCUUGGUGACCCUUGGUGUGGAAAUGGUACCGAAUCCUGGAAAUGACAUGGCUGCCUCCCUGCAGAUCCAUGGAGAGAACAUGCCCAAGCUUUUGCCCUGGAACCUGAGCAACACGAAACCCUGCCAGCUGGCUGGCCUGUCCACCACUAUGCAGAAUGCCUCCAACAUCAAGAACUUGAACCUCCCCAGCAACGAGGUGAAGGCUGCAGGGAAGUUGGACAAGGGCCAAGGGCUGGAGCCAGAAGAGAUGAGCGCAGACAGAAACUCCCUGUGCACCACCUUCCCAGAUAAGUCAACCAACAUAAGCUCCAUCCUGGAAUUGUUCCCCAAGUUGUUAAGCUUGGAUAGCCAGGAGUCACGCCCACCAACUAACUUUGGUAUUGAAGCCCACAAGAGGCUACCAACCUGCAAGGGAAGCUUCUUUGAAUCUGAUGCGCUGAAGAGUCUGGUUCUGCAAUUCCUGCGGCAAUAUUACCUGACCUAUGACUCUGGAGACCGACAGGGUCUUCUCGGUGCUUACCUUGACAAGGCCUGCUUUUCCCUGAGCAUCCCUUUCAACCCCGAGGACUCAGCCCCAAGCAGCUUGUGCGAGUACGUCAAGGAUAACAGGAAUAUAAAGAAGCUCAAGGACCCCCACCUGCGGCUUCAGCUGUUGAAGAGUACAAAACAUGACAUCGUGCGCUCUCUCUGUGUGUUGCCCACAACUCAGCAUGACUUCAGCUCCUUCGUGGUGGACCAGUGGCUCCAGACGGAAAGGGUGCUGUGCUUCUCUGUCAACGGGGUGUUCAAGGAAGUGGUAGGAAAGUCUCAGGGUUCUGUUCGUGCCUUCACACGGACCUUCAUCGCCAUCUCUGCCAGCAAUUCCAGUCUGUGCAUCCUGAAUGACCAGCUGUUUGUGAGGGACGCCAACCCCAAGGAGACUCACAGUGGGCUCUUCAUCCCAGUUCCCACACCCGCCUCCAGCUCUGUGCCCACCCUCUCCCAGGAGCAACAGGAAAUGGUGCAGGCUUUCUCCACCCAGUCCGGCAUGAACCUGCAGUGGUCUCAGAAGUGCCUUCAUGAUAGCCACUGGGACUACACCAAAGCCGCACAGGUUCUCGCUCUGCUCAAGGCCCAGUGCAAGAUCCCAGAGGAGGCCCUCACACAGACUGAUCCAGGAUCCUGAGAGCACAGCCCUGACAAGAAGCCCUUGGGUGUUAUCAUCUUCAUCCUCAUCACUUUGGUUGUGUUUUUCCUUUACUAUGAGUAUAUCCCUGGGACUGAGCUUGGAGAUCUGCUUGGGGCUGGGAAGCCAAUGUUUAAUGGGCACUCAUUCACCCAAAGGGGCAGUUGUUCUGUGUAUUUUUCGUACCCAGGAUCCCUGAUUCCUCUGAUAAUAAAGAACAAUGUUGCAUGUUGUGUAAA